GCCGAACUGUGAUCUUUUCCACGUCACGCCGCCUUCACAGGCAGUUCGAAUGUUUCCUCUGAUUCUGGACCAGUUGCGCCUCAUCAGUCGGUCCCACCUCGACCUGCGACCCAACUGCAGCCGCGAUGAGGAGCUCAAGAGCCGAGUCACCGGGACAAGUUCAAAUGUUCGCUGGAGAUCCAGCCCAGCAUUGUGUGAGCGCUCCCAGCAAGGAGAGCCUCUGCCGGGUGAUCAACAGCUUCAAGGGGGAGAACCAGGAGCUGGCAGCGCUAAACGCCGAAUGGAAAAAGGAGCUGGACAGCAAGAGCAUCAAAUGGGAGUUUGAGAGAACAAACCUAAUAGAGGGCAGAAUCUACGGUCUUCAAACUGCAAAAGAAAACAUGGACAGCCUGGCCGAGGCCUUGGAGGAGUCGAGAGCCAGAGUGAGAGGGAGAGAGACCAGGCUCAAAGACAUGGCCUCGACCUUCAGGGCAAAGGAAGAGGACAUCACCUGCGCAAGGGGGAGUCUGCAGAGGCGGGAGGCUGAAACCCAGACGCUCGAAGCCAAGAUCCUCCAGAACGAAAGUGUCUGGCAGGUCAGAAUGAGCGUUCUGGAGGACAGCCUCACGACCGAGCGCGAGGUCAGCAUACAUAGAAUGGAGGAGCUGCAGCAAGCGCUCAGAGGCAAGAAUGAGAAGAUGCUGACAGAGCAGCAGGACUGGCUCAGCCAGGUGACCAGGAUGGAGGAGGAGAUCAAGCUCCUCAUCCAGGAGAACAAGGAGCUCCAGGAACUCGCACUGAUGUCAAAUAAAGACAAGGUGAGGAUCAAGAAGCAGGAGAAGAAAUCAAAGGAGGCGGCAGAGAAGAGGCUGAAGGAGGAGAGGAGAGCGAGGGAGGAGCAGGGGAAGAAGGAGAAAUUGGAAAGAGAGGAGGAGGAGAAGAGGAAAAGGAAGGAGAUCAAGAAGAGAGGGGAGGAAAGGAGAAACAAGUAAACAUCACCCUUUACCCUCUAUUACCCCUCCCCUCCCUCACCCCCAGUCCUAACCUUCCACCCCUUUUGAAAAAUAAAUAAAACAUGAUUUCACACUUA